ACUCUGCACAGCACUACUUAUAUACCCUCAGUCUCAGCGAACUGAUGAGAGCCAGUGAAAUGUCGAUCAAGGUCAAAUUCGUAACUUUCGUUGCCACGUUACUGGUCGUCGAGGGCCUGGUAGUUCCACCCGACGACGCCGCCGUGGCAGGCAGCGAAGACUUCUUCACACGAGAAGAACAACCGCUGACCGACGCUCAAGGGAGAUCAGCAGCGUACUCUCAGUACCAUGACCAAACUGAUUAUGACCAAUAUCAAUGGCAACAACCACAGGGAAAUAAUUACGAUACCGACGAAGACACAUGGUCACAAACCCAACACGGAAGUAGAUACGAUGGUGUGGAAAACCAGAAGCGACCCUUGAUUUCAUCGUUUGGAAAAAUGGUUUAUCAGGAACCAUCUCAGGCUCAGGAGCGUUUCCCUCAAGCUUCCUACACUCACGGAAGUAAGACCUACGGACACGAGGAUCCUCCUAAGUUUGCCUUGCGAACCCACUCUCGUGUUCCUCUCCUCAGCAGGCUACCGGCAAACGCUACUCGAAUCAGGCCUAACAUUGUUGAUGGAUUUACCUGCGACGGAAGGCCUUACGGAUACUACGCGGACCCGCUCAACGACUGUCAGAUCUAUCACGUGUGUAUGCCCCUGCACGGAAUCUUCGCCAACGACAACUCCGUUCCGGACGCAACUUACAUGUACAGUUUCAUCUGCAAUGACUUCCAGGCUUUUGACCAGCAGUCGCUGACCUGCGGUUACCGUUCAGAAGUAACCCCUUGCGAGGAGGCUGCCGGUCUCUACGAUGUCGUCAAUUCUAGGUUCUUCCGUGUUCCCUCAACCCCUGACAACGUCAUUAUAUCCGUCCUCCCCUGACGAGUUAUGUUCAAUUUCUCUUGAUUUCUUCAUUAGGACAUUUUAGACGGUAGUGAAGCCGACGUGUUCGGGUCGGAUUUUAUCACACGUUGCUUGUUGAAUAUCUGUUAGUUUUAAUGGGCAUUAAUAUAUACUUAAUUUUCAUAUUAUUUAACUACUCUACUGGGAAGUGGUUUAUAUUUAACUUCUUAUUAAAAUGGUCGACAGCUCGAACCUCCUUUACUUAUAUAUUGUAACAAUAACCCAAAUGUAUUACGGUUUCUACAUGAUAAAAACUUCAUGGUUAAAAUUUUUUAUUUGAAACAUUUUCUUCAUAAUCGUUU